CGACCUAUACAUAAAUUCCAACCGUACAUCAGCCUCUAUGCAUUACAGCCCAGUCAACUCACGUCACACUGUCCGCUGUGACAAGCCGGUGACAGCUGCGCAUAACAUGCACGAUGCCCGCCAGCCCGGUCAAAAUUGACAAACCUGAGCUUACAAACACGCACCGCCCAAACCGCCCACCCAGUUCCAAAAAUGUUUCUGCGUACGGACCUUGCCGCAGACGCCGGGCGAAUAUUUCUAGAGUACUCUGCAGACCAACGCUCGCAGCAUUCUCUUUACGGUUCUGUAGCACAGCGCUAAUGCUGCAAGCAAUGCUGGAUGAGGAACUCCCGCAAAUCCAAAUCCAAAUGUCAAUGGGUAAUAUAUCACCCGGUUUCAGGCGGGAGAAAGACAAUGGUAGCAACAGUCUAUCGUUGUUCAAAGGACGAAAUUCCCACAAGGGUGUACCAACGUUUUGUUUUGCAUCCGCCUCGUCUCACAUUCACCUCUCCCUCGAAAUCCCCAUAAGGCGGAUUACGUCGAGAACAAGAUCCGACGGCCCGUUUCUGUUGUCCGUGCAAACCAAACAAUGGGUUUCCAGAACCCUGGAAUGGGGUGAUGGAAGACACGCACAAACCGUCUAUUUCAGACUCGCAGCCAGACUUUGGAUGUAAUUUGAACUUGUGGUUUGAUUCCUAGUGAUUUCUAAAAUCUACUAAUCCCU